AUGGAAACACAAAAAUCCGACCUGACCAUAAUUGGUGCUGGCUGGCACGGUCUCGCGGCCGCCAAAUCAGCACUCGCCCUCGAUCCCACCGUCAAUCUAGUCGUUCUGGAUUCUGCGGCUUCAGUGGGGGGUGUCUGGGCAGAGGAACGCCUAUAUCCAGCACUCAGGACGAAUAAUUUACUGGGAUCAUACGAAUAUGGCGACUUUCCUAUGAGAGAAAACAUUCCUGGUUUAGUCACGCCCGGUCAGCAUAUAUCAGGGAGAGCCAUGCAUGAAUAUCUGAAAGCGUAUGCUCUCCAUUUCGGGAUCGGCGACAAAAUUAAGUUGAAUUGCAAGGUUGAGAGCGUCGAAUACCUUGAGAGAGAUGACGGAAGGGGAAAAGAGUGGCUCAUUAAAUGGAAAACCACAACAGAACCGGGACACGAGAAGAGCAGUACUACACGGACGCGAAAGCUGAUACUUGCCACGGGCCUUACGUCGCAGCCGCAUAUUCCUACCUUCUCGGGCCAAGAAUCCUUCGGUGCACUCAUGUUCCACGCAAAGGAAUUUGCGCUUUACCAAGACACCAUCUUUGGUGACCCUAGCAAUGACAAGCCAGGUGUCCAACAUGAAAGUGCCCAUGAUGACCAUAGACCAAUAACGGUACUCGGUGGAAGUAAGUCUGCUUGGGACACCGUCUACGCCUGUGCAUCGAAGGGACAUCGCGUCAACUGGGUUAUUAGAGCCUCUGGGAUGGGGCCCACGUGGGUGACUCCCGCCGCGGUGUUCUCGCCCUUCAACCUCCUCCUCGAAAGUCUCCCUCUCGUGCGUGCCUUGGGCUGGUUCAGCCCUUGCGUCUGGGUGAGCCACCCAAUACGCAACUUCUUACAUGGAACAUGGCUCGGCUGUAUGAUUGUGCGCUUGUUCUGGGCCUGCCUGCAGUGGGAUAUGGUUCGGGUCAAUCGAUACAGUGAUCAUGAGGAGACGGCGAAGCUCAAACCCUGGGUUGACCCUUUCUGGGUCGGGACCGCCGUGAGUAUUAUCAAUUUCCCGGGUGAUGUCUUUGCAUUGAUUCGGGGGGGACUGGUGAAGGUGCAUAUUGCCGACGUUGAGCGGCUGGAGCCUUGCAGGGUCGUUCUCAACAACGGGGGCGACAGUCUGGAGACGAAGGCACUCAUCAUGUGCACAGGCUGGAAACUGUCUCCUGGAAUUCGAUUCUUGCCGGAUGGGAUCGAUCAAGAGAUGGGUUUCUCCUGGACUGCAGACCCGAUUGAUCAAGGGCUCGUGAAGCAGGCACAAGAGGAUAUAAGCACGUGUCUACCCAUGCUCCCUACCGGCCCAGAGAGCAGAACCUACAACAAAAAGGAUAUGGAAGAUCAAAUAAACACCGAUGAAGCCGUUCUACACCCCCUCCGUCUCGCGCGCUUCAUUGUCCCCCUAGGGCUAUGGGAUGACCAUAGUAUCGCUUUUCUAGGGGCCCUCAACACGUUUAGCACAUCCAUUGUUGCCGAAGUGCAAGCCCUCUGGGCGCUAGUCUACCUCAACCACGGGUCUGAGCUUCAUCAGCACGGAAACAAGGAGUCAAGAGUUCGUGAGACCGCACUGCACACAGAGUUCUGUUCGCUGCGCUCCCCGAUGGGCCAUGGGGUGCGGACUCCCGACUUUGUCUUUGAGGUCAUGCCGUACCUGGAUCUCUUGCUCGGAGACUUGGGCAUGAGUACUUCGAGGAAGGGGUCGUGGUGGGAAGAUUUGUUCGUUCCGCAUCGUCCCAGAGAUUAUGCGGGGUUGGUGGAGGAGUGGAAGAUGCGGCUACGACUAUCUAUACCCCAGGAGAGGAGGAAGAUAAAGAACACUUAG